UAUAACUCUUUGUUUGUUGAGAUGGAAGAGCAAGGAAAUUCCCCUUCUUCUUCUAUAGAUAGUAGUAGUGAGCCAUCUCUCUCCUCUGAAUCCUCCUCCUCUCUGGCCGCUAAGGGAGACUUAAGCACGGAUUUAAGGCUUGGCCUAUCAAACUCUGCAUCUCAAAGAACUUCUCUGAAUCUAAGGGAACACUUACCUGAUUGGCCUCCGAUCAAGCCACUUCUCAGAAGUGCACUUGCAGAGAGAGAAGCCUAUAGAAACCAUCAUAAAACAGGGAAAUUCUUUGUCAAGGUUUACAUGGAAGGAAUUCCAAUUGGAAGGAAGCUAGAUUUACUGGCUCAUGAUAGCUACCAGAGCCUGAUUAAAACACUUCGGCGCAUGUUCAGAACCAAAAUCAUCUGCCCUGAACUUGCCCAAGUGCCUUCAAGCAAGGCUCAUGUGCUGACGUACGAAGACAAGGAUGGAGAUUGGAUGAUGGUUGGAGAUGUGCCUUGGAAACUUUUUGUAACUUCAGUUAAAAAGCUAAAAAUAAUAAGGGCAGAUAAGUGCUAAGGAUCAGCCAAUAAACACCAACAGCCUAUUGUUGAUGAGCUGCAAAUAGAGGAUGAAGUGAGAAGAGAUGUUGGACAGAAAGACAGUCAUCAUAGGGAAGUCAGAAGUUUCUUUCAUUUUUCUUUCUAUUGUGCGCUAUACUGUUUUACAGAACAGAGUCAUCAAGCUUCCAUAAUUUUUGCCUCCAUUUUAAUACACAGUUCCUCUUCAUCUUUUUUUAUCACUGAGCUAUUUGGAGACAUUCUACUGCAACCAUGGCAUGUGUUUGUCGCCGGCUGAGCUUGAUUUUGCUAUCGUAGCUGAGUUUCAUGGAUGUAAUUAUUAGAAACAAAAUCGUAAAGAAAUAUUAAAAAAAAAAAUCACCGAAAAA